AAUAGGCAUGUUUAUGAGAUUUCUUCACUGGAGUAUGACCUCAAUAGUACAUGAACAGAUUUGUAUGUACUCUGCAUCAAUCCCAAUUCUUCUCUUGCAAUUGAUCUUCACAAGUGUUUGGGAAUGCCUUUGAUGGAAAGAAACUUAUCUGAAAUUUGUAGUCAUAGUGAUUGAGAAGUUAAGAGACUUACCUAUGGCCACAGGGCAAAUAUAUGUCAGAGGCAAGACCUGAUCCCAAGUCUUCCUGGCUCCAAUACCAAGCUGCAAGGCCCCGAUACUUAAAAUGCCUCUGCAAUUGGGUAUUUUAAAACAUUAAUGCUUUUUAAAAGAUACAAAGAGAUUUCCUCUGUUCUCUGAUUGUGGUUCAUUUCCCUUUGGCCCAUUUCCUUUCUCUUUAAAGGUAUAAAAGCAAUUUAAUGAGAUAUCUAAGAAUGGAUUGAUGCACAAAAUAUGCAAAUGAUCUUCAUUUUACUGCCUCCUCUUUUCAUUUUCACUCCUGGACUGAGCUCAUCUAUCUGAACUCCAGAGCAGUCAAGAACCCUUAGUGGCCAGCUGUGCCUCUCUUUUCUUAGUUACAACAAACACCAUUUGACCAAGAGAUAGCUUCUGAUAGAGUGGGGAUAGCAUGGCAAGAGGGAGGGCACGGAUAUAGAACACUCACUUCCAUUCUCCAAAACAAGAUCAAGCCUUUGGUUGUAGGUAUAUGAAAAGUGAAUCCUUCCCUGUGAAUCUGAGGAAGGCACUCUUUUGGCUCUUCACCCCAGUUUUCCACAGGGAGAGGUACAAAAGAUUGGGAAAGAGGAGAUUAAUGUACUAGUUCACAGAUCAGGAAAAUGAGCAGACGUCCUAAAAUGAGAAGUAGGGUUCCAGGAAGCCAGAGUGAGAUCCCAUAUCUAUAGCCUGACCUUUGGAGAGGUAGAGGAAUCGGGGUAAAGGUGGGAAUUUGUUCUCUCUGCAUUGGGAUUUGAAGGGAAGAGGUUCUCCAGUGACGGGUUGGGGUUCAAACCUGGGCCUAAACUAAAGCAGCCCUCUCCCAACUAGAAAGGCAGUUGUAUGAAGGGGAGGGGUAAAGGGCGGCGGGAGGCGGAUUAAUCCCUUAAUUACGCGGUGGUCGGCCCUGGCACCUGCUUUCAGCCCGCCCAGUCCCCAGGGGACUUGCCUGAACUGGGGAGGAGGAGUGGGGAGGGGGAAGGAGGAGGGAACCGGACUGAGAGGACGCGCGGGAAAGAAAGCAAUACAGUGGUUGUGGCAACUCACAGAGGCUGUGGAGGGGCGCACAACUCUCGAAUCAAGGGGCUCGGACCAGGGGGCUGGGACCCGAGCCCCCAAUCUUGUCCCAGUCCCCGCCAUGCUACGUUACCUGCUAAAGACGCUACUGCAGAUGAACCUGUUCGCGGAUUCCCUGGCUGGGGAUAUCUCCAACUCAAGCGAUCUGCUCUUCGGUUUCAACUCCUCUCUGGUCGCUCUCAACCACAGCCUCCUUCCCCCCGGGGAUCCCCUUUUCAACGGGUCGCGAGCCGGACCGGAGGACGCAGUGCCACGCAUAGUGGAACAGCCGCCAGAUUUGUUGGUCUCCCGGGGGGAGCCUGCCACGCUGCCGUGCCGCGCCGAGGGCAGACCCCGGCCGGACAUUGAAUGGUACAAGGACGGCGCCCGCGUGGCCACGGCCCGCGAGGAUCCGCGGGCUCACCGCCUGCUGUUACCCAGUGGUGCGCUCUUCUUCCCUCGAAUCGUGCACGGACGCCGAGCCCGUCCAGACGAGGGCGUCUACACUUGCGUGGCUCGCAACUACCUAGGGGUAGCGGCCAGUCGGAAUGCUUCACUGGAGGUGGCGGUCCUGAGAGAUGACUUCCGGCAGUCCCCAGUGGAUGUGGUGGUAGCUGUGGGGGAACCCGCAGUUCUGGAGUGUGUGCCUCCCAGGGGCCACCCAGAACCCUCAGUGUCCUGGAAGAAGGACAAUCUUCGCCUCAAGGAGCAGGAAGGACGAAUCACUAUUCGCGGUGGGAAACUGAUGAUGUCACACACACUCAAGAGUGAUGCUGGGAUGUACGUAUGUGUGGCCUCCAAUGUGGCAGGAGAACGUGACAGUGGGGCAGCUGAACUUGUGGUUUUUGAGCGCCCCUCCUUCCUACGCAGACCUGUGAACCAGGUAGUCCUGGCUGAUGCCCCUGCUGACUUCCCAUGUGAGGUGCAGGGGGAUCCUCCACCACAUCUGCGUUGGCGAAAGGAGGAGGGGGAGUUGCCCACUGGCAGGUAUGAGAUCAGAAGUGACUACAGUCUUCGGAUCGGGAGAGUGAGUGCAGAAGAUGAGGGAACUUAUACCUGUGUGGCUGAGAACAGUGUGGGCAGAGCUGAGGCUUCUGGAUCUCUCAGUGUCCAUGUCCCACCCCAGCUAGUGACACAGCCACAGGACCAGAUAGCAGCUCCAGGAGACACUGUGAUUUUCCAGUGUGAGACCAAAGGGAAUCCUCCACCAGCUAUCUUCUGGCAAAAGGAAGGUAGUCAGAUUCUGCUCUUCCCUAGUCAACCCUCCCAGUCCACAGGGCGUUUCACUGUUUCCCCAAGUGGCCAACUCAACAUCACCGAAGUGCAAAGUGGGGAUGCUGGUUACUACGUGUGCCAGGCAGUUAGUGUUGCUGGUAGCAUUCUGGCCAGGGCAUCUUUGGAGGUUAAGGAUGUUUCCCUCGAUGACUUUCCUCCCAUAAUUCUUCAUGGACCAUUGAAUCAGACUCUGGCAUCUGGAUCCUCUGUGUGGUUGCCAUGCAAAGUGACUGGAAACCCCCAACCCAAUAUCCAGUGGUUGAAGGAUGGGCAGAAGAUAGACAGUGGAGACCUGAGACUUACUCUAUUGGCUAAUGGCACCUUGCAUAUCACCAACUUGCAGGAGGGUGAUUUGGGGCUCUACAGCUGUGUGGCCAAGAGUUCCAAAGGGCAGGCCAUAUGGAAUGGCUGGCUAAGGGUCCAAGAUGAUGUAGAACCCCCUACUGAGUCCAGUGGUCCCCCUGGGUCUCCCUCUCAACCAGCCAUUAUUGAAGUCACCAAGAACAGCAUUACUCUAACCUGGAAGCCCAGUCCACAGGCUGGGGGAUCACCAGUUACUUCUUAUGUGAUAGAAGCCUUCAGCCAGGCAUCUGGUAACACUUGGAGGACAGUAGCAGAUGGUAUACAACUAGAGACGCAUACCAUCACUGGUUUGCAGCCCAACACCAUCUACCUAUUCCUAGUUCGAGCAGCAGGGGCUUGGGGUCUUAGUGAACCCAGUCCUGUCUCCAAGCCUGUUCAGACCCAGGCAGACAGUGGCCCCUCCAGGCCAAUUGAGGAUCCAUGGCAAGGGCAGCGAGAUCUGGCUGAUGUGGUUGUUCAACUGCAGGAGCCCCUAUUCCUGAGUCCCACAUCUUUGCAGGUGUCCUGGACUGUGGAUGGCCAUUCUCAGUUGGUGUGGGGCUUCCGGGUGUUGUGGAGGGCAGUAGGCUCAAGUGGCUGGACAGUUCUGGACAUAGGAUCCUCAGGCCAGCGAAGUGCUGUGCUGAGAGAGCUACCAGCAGGUGCACAGAUCCAAAUCAAGGUGCAGCCCUACAGCAGGGAGGGACCAGGGCCUGAGAGCACUGUUCUAACCAGGACCACCCCUGAGGAGGCCCCUAGUGGGCCCCCCCAGGCAGUGACAGUGACCCUGGGGGGUGAUGGCAACAGCAGCAUCACUGUUUCCUGGGAGCCUCCCAUAGCCACUCAGCAAAAUGGAAUCAUUCAACACUACCAGAUUUGGUGCCUGGGGAAUGAGAGCCGCUUCCACCUGAACCAAUCUGCCGCAGGCUGGGCACGGUCCGCAGUGCUUCGGGGACUUCUCCCAGGUCUCCUUUACCGAACCCAAGUGGCUGCGGCCACCAGCGCUGGCGUGGGCAUAGCCAGCCCCCCGGUACUGUUCCAUCUGCCACUCCCGAGGGAACCAGAGCCUGGGCCCGGCCCGGAGGUGGGUCCCGGGCUUGCCGAGCGCCUGGCAAAAGUGCUGCGGGAGCCAGCCUUCAUCGCUGGCGGCGGAGCCGCCUGUGGAGCGCUUCUCCUGGGACUCAGCGCCGCCCUGUAUCGGCGCCGGAGGCAGCGCAAGGAGCUCAGCCAUUACAAUGCCUCCUUUGCCUACACGCCAGCAGUCUCCUUCCCCCACAAUGAGGGCCUCUCCCGAGCCAGCUCCAGGCCUCCCAUGGGCCAUAGCCCAGCCCCAUACCCUUGGCUAGCAGACUCCUGGCCUCAUCCACCACGAAGUCCUACAGCUCAGGAGCCCAGGGGAAGCUGUUGCCCUAGCAAUCCUGACUCAGAUGACAGAUACUACAAUGAGGCAGGGAUCUCUCUAUACCUGGCUCAGACAGCUCGGGGGGCCUCAGCCCCAGGGGAGGGACCCAUCUAUAGCACCAUUGACCCAGCUGGUGAGGAGCUUCAAACCUUUCAUGGGGGCUUCCCCUCUCAAUCCCCUGAGGAACCUGGGGCCUGGACCACCCAAUAUGCUCCACCAGAAUGGAGCCAGGAUGAUAGUGGCCCCAGGGGGGGGAAAUUAAAGAUCCUGGGAAAGCCUGUACAGACCCCCUCUCUGAGCUGGCCUGAACCACUGCCUCCACCACCCCCUUCCUGUGAGUUAAACUGCAUGGAGGGAGCUGAGGAAGAGCUAGAGGACAGUUCAGAACCUGAUGAGUGGUGCCCACCAUUGCCUGAAAGAAGCCUCCUAGAAGAGUCCAACCCAGCUGAAGGCUGCAGGGCUUCCCCCUCCCAUGGAAACAUUCCCUCUCCCACUCCUUCUUAUGGAGAUCAAUCUACAGCAACUCUUACCCCCUCACCCCCUGAGCCACCACAGCCUUCUGCUGAAACUGUCUGUAUCCACCAUACACCCAGGAGGGUGCCUGCUGGAGCAAGUCCUCCUCUCAGCUUAUCCCACUCCAGUUUGAGUGGCCUUGAAGGUGGUCCUGCAAGCCUGAGUGCCAGCCCAAUGCCCCCCGGACACCUCAGCUUGAGCCCUGUCCCUUGUACUACCAGCACCCCAGUUAGAGCCAGACUGACACCUAGAGAAAUGACUUCCUCAUCCCCAGGAUCCCGUGCACGAAUCCGGAAAAAAUCUAAAGCUGUUCCUUAUAGAAAGGACCGGAGUCCGGGAGAUUUGCCCCCACCACCCCUCCCUCCACCGGAAGAGGAGGCUGGCUGGGCUGUAGGGCUUCGAGGAAUAGGAAAUAUCUCCUCUCUGGAACGAGAGAGGAGAGGGGAGAAAAGAAUGAUUCGAGCUAUACCCCCAGGGACUCAUCAUCCCCCUGAUGAGGAAACCUGGCUCCCAUAUAGCAGACCCAGCUUUUUGCCCCGGGGCCAGGGGGCUAGUGCCUGCUCCACUGCUGGCAGCAACUCCUCCAGAGGCUCCAGCAGUUCCCGGGGCUCCAGAGGCCCUGGUCGGAACCGUCGUCCAGGGGGGGAACAUCGGGAAAUGAAGGUGGGGGCAGAAAGAGGAGGAAAAGGCACAGGGGAGGUAAAUACCAAGAGGUGAUAGAGGUGAUGGAGAACAAACAGCAAGUUAGGAAGGAGGAUAGGGAAGAAAGUAAAUAAUAAAAUGUGACAAAGAAUCGUUUUGAGGAAGAAGAAAUGAGCUGUCAAAGGGUCUAUAGCCUUAGAGAGUUUUUUGGUCAUCAUUCAACGUACUCCUCCUCUCCACAGUGUACACACACACACAGACCCACACACUCCUCAGAGUUAUGGGUUUGUCCAUAACUGUAAAUGCCCAAUUCCCCAUUUCUUCCUGGCACUCUAAUAAUUUGAGUAAAAG